UAGUGCGUCAUCCGGGUCGAGUUUUCCGUGACCACGUUCCUCAAGGCGAAUGGGACAAUCCCCAAACAACAGGAGUAUUUUGCUGAGAAAGGAAAACAUUCACGAGAUUUCUACUUGUGUCCUGCCAGGUGCGACGCAGCUGGUAUUUCGAUAGGGCUACAAACUACUAGUCUCACGAAGAUCCGUCGGCCAGGACGAAACGAUUCAGUGAUUGAUUGUGCUGCUAUAUUUGAGUAAUUUUUCGCACCACUUUGACAGUUUCCCAGUAUUCCAUAUUCUAUAGCGGUGACCGUGAAACGUGGGGGCACGGGUUUGAGGUGAGUGUUUGUUGACAGCAUUUGGUGUGGAUUGCAGUGUGAUAUACCAGAAUUGAUAUGUAGUGGGGAAAAAAAGGAAGAUGAAUGAUUGGUGCAUCAAAGAAGAAGGACCAUACACUGCAGCAAACGAAAAAGGAUAACUCGUAGACCGAGGUGCUGCAAGAUAAUACCGAGCACGGAGGCUUUGUAUGUGUGCAUUGUUGGAUGCUGAAUAGAUGAUGAUUUUUAUAUGCGGUGUGUUGCAUAGAGGUGAUGAUGAUUCAUAAAUAAAGUGCUUCGAGUUUGGGAAGAACAACAGAGAAUACAGAUAAAUAUAAAAUGUCCUUGAGAGAGGCCUAGUUGGAAGCAGGUGGAUUGAAUAAAGAAUGUAAAGAAUUAGCAUAAUCAAUAAGAGUAAUGCAAGCGCAUCAAGUGAAGUGAUCGAAGAAAGCAAUUUCAAAACGUUACACAUCUUUACAAAGUGCAAAGAAACAAGAUUAUACUGCAAAAAGUGGUGAAUAAUCCUCUGAAGAGUAACCAACCAUUUGAAUCAGUUUCAUACAACUGGGUCACAGGCGGUUAGUGAAAUAAUGGAAAUAAGUGCAAGAGAAUAAAGGAUUAUCAGUGUCGGAGACAAAGUUCGAAUGAAUAUUAAUUGGAUCAACACCAGACCACGGAUUACACGUUCACUUUGUUACAUAAUCCGUUGCACCCAUCAGUGAAGUGAAAAGAGUGUAGAGCUCAAAGAGGAUCCGCCAGUGAGAAAUGCAAGAAAUCAAGUUUAUCGAUUAAAAAGGACACCGAGUGUUACCUGCUAAUUUAAACGCAUCAUACCCGUAUAAUACUGGAAUAUUCAUAUACCUAUACGCAUAGUUGAAUCUACGAAGCUUAGCUACUCUUUCAUGUUGGAUGUUUGCGCUGCCAGCCGAGCAAUAGUUAAUUAGAUUCUAGAUUAACAUUACUCAACUGCAUUUCCGAGCUAGACCAAUGUUUAAAUUAGUCACUCGAAUGAUCAUUACCGUAUAUUGCUAUACAACCUACAUGGCCAAUAAAUAGAAUCGUCACGUUUUAAUUAAUACAAAAUCAAAGCAACUGUAAAUAGAGCAAAAAGCUUAAACCUUGUUGCGUACUCAAUGGAAUAGUCGGACAAACGCAAAACCUAUUCCAUGAAAUUGUAAAAUAAACACAACGCAGCAGAAUCGUAUCGACAGAAAAAAAAUCGCAACCAAUAAUCUAAAAACCUAGAACGUUAAAAGCGAAUUUGUCAACAAGCCAUCAAAUCAACCAGAUUGAAUGCAAUAAACCAAUAACGGGAGGAAGAAGGCGAGUGCUGCAUUUCCAUCCGCCAUUCAGUGACUGUGGAGUGAAAAGCGGAUAUUUGUACCGUGAAAUGAAACCGUUCCAUCCCUCCGCGCAAAAUAGCCACCGUUAGUAGUUUAAUGUCUGGCUCCCAAUGGGGAAACCUUCGUUUCCGGCUAUUACAUUUUUUAUGUAAACGUGGAACCCAUAGUCGCUCCAAGUGAGAAAGUGAAAAACGUUGCAGUGAUACCCAACCAGAGCCCCAUUGACUGUGUGCUUCCAGGUGUUGCUGUUUCAUGUCGGGGCUAGAUUCUCCAAUUUUGAAGAAUAAAAAUAAAAGUGCUAGAAAUUUUAACGUUUUUACCUUUUCUGUUUGGCCUCAACGAUUGCACGAAGGUGAGAGGAAAUGCGCGAGCGAGCCUUCAAAAGGAAUGUAAUAAAACAGGCACCGUAAUUGCUAAACCGUCGUCAUCACCAGGUUGUACGGGUGAACCGACGUUCCUCUUGUAAAUAAAUGUUUCCGUUCUUGCCGUCGCCGUUGUCGCAGAAAUUUACCCUAACGUUAUUGCAGUGGAAGAACAGUGUCCAACAGAAAUAGAGACAAAAUAAGCCAAAACCCAAAUAAGAAAGCAAAACAGGACGCCACGGCAUCUAAAAAUGAGCCAAUAAAAUAAAAUUGAACGGUCCGCUCCUUCUGGGUAACCGAAAAGGACCUAUACAACGCGCUAGAACCGCAUCCACUGGAAAUUACCGGCCACGUAACGGAAAGGAGUGCUUGGCCAAGCUUUUAUGAAAAAUUGACGAGCAGCUGCAUCCUUCCUGUGCUGCCUCCCAGUGACGAGCGACGCGCACUCUCACUCCACGGCUGGUCCUCGAGGAAGCGAGUGAUGUCCACGUUAAAUCAACAUUACAAUAUGUGCCACUCCAAUUUAAUAUUCAUCAUACUUUUUAUUUUUAACGAUUACGUCACAGGCGACAUCAGUACGUCCUUAGCGCUAAACAAGCUCAAUUCUGGUGGAACAUUUUUCGCUGGACCAUAUUUAGACGGAAGUGGAGUUAGCAACGUUACCACACAGAUAGGAACACAUGCAUAUCUGCCGUGCAAGGUGAAACAGCUGGGGAACAAGUCGGUGUCAUGGGUUCGAGUGAGAGACGACCACAUCCUCACCGUGGACAGAAUGACAUUUAUAGCCGACGAACGUUUUCAAUCAUUCUAUGUGGAAAACAGCGGCGUUUGGACGCUGCAGAUCAAAUACGUGCAGGCACGUGAUGCCGGAAUAUACGAGUGCCAGGUGUCGACAGAGCCGAAAAUAAGUGCUAGAGUACAUCUACACGUUGUUGUGCCAAGAACCGAGCUUAUUGGAGAUUCCGACCGGUAUGUGAAAGCGGGGAGUGCCGUCAUACUGCGUUGCGUCGUCCGUGGUGCCCUGGAGCCACCAUCCUACAUUAUUUGGUAUCACGGCACCCAGCAGAUUUUCACCGAAAAUCGACGAGGCUGGAAAACGCAGCUGGAACGUGGUGCACCGGACUUCGACGGUGACAUUCACAGCACUAUUGGCUCAUUGAUCAUCGAAUCGACAAGGAAAAAAGAUUCCGGGAACUACUCGUGCAGCCCAUCGAACAGUCCACCGAUCACCGUUUCGCUGCAUGUCAUCAAUGGAGAAUCCUCCGCAUCAGCCGUUACAUCGUCUGCUAGAUCGCUGUUUGAUGACAGUAUAUCAAUGGUUAAGCAGAGGAACAUCUAUAUUUUACUGCAGCAUAGGUCAUUUGUUAUGUUACUCGUUUUGGUUAUCUACGCUCAGCUAAGCUGUCACAUGUACUAGUUAAGAGAAUUUAUCUAAGUUAAUAAAUUUGAAAAUCAUAUACAACAUACCGGAAGCAAAAAAAAGGUCACAUACAAAAAAAAACGAGAAACGCGUUCAGCCACAAUGUGUAUAGGUGAGAUUUGGUACGAUCCUGGACAUUUGCUCACAACGUACAUCGACUGAGAUAUUUCAAAGUACUGUAGAAGAGAAAGAGAAAAACUUCGUUCCCUUCAUCGUUAUCACCGAUCACUCAUCGCCGUUUUUUGGCAGAAAAAAAAAGAA